AGUUGCUGAGAGGUGCCUCUCGCCCGGAACUACAUUUCCCAGCAACCUUCCGCGGCUCCAGCGGGAGCGAGGCUCAUGCGCCGAGUGCCGCCCCGCCUGGUCUCGGGGCCGCACCUCCGAACCGGUUUAGCCUCGCGGAGCCGGCAGCUUCAGGCGCUGCGGCCGCAGUCCUCGCCCCGCCGCUUCUCCCGGGCCGUAGCGGUCUCAGGUGUACCUUAGCUCGGGUCAGUGCCAUGAUCCGGCAGGAGCUCUCCACAUCCUACCAGGAGCUGAGUGAGGAGUUGGAUCAGGUGGUUGAGAACUCAGAGCGGGCGGACGAGCAGGAAAAGGAGACAGACAGAGUCCAAGGUCCAGGAGUCUUACCACCCCUGGACAGUGAGUCGGCCUCCAGCAGCAUCCGCUUCAGCAAGGCCUGCCUGAAGAACGUCUUCUCGGUCCUGCUCAUCUUCAUCUACCUGCUGCUCAUGGCAGUGGCUGUCUUCCUGGUCUACCAGACCAUCACAGACUUCCGUGAGAAGCUCAAGCACCCUGUCAUGUCGGUGUCUUACAAGGAGGUGGAUCGCUAUGACGCCCCAGGGAUUGCUCUGUACCCGGGUCAGGCCCAGCUGCUCAGCUGCAAGCACCAUUAUGAGGUCAUUCCGCCUCUGAGGAGCCCUGGCCAGCUGGGCGACAUGAACUGCACCACCCAGAGGAUCAACUACACAGACCCUUUCUCCAACCAGACCCUGAAAUCCGCCCUGAUUGUGCAGGGGCCCCGCGAGGUGAAGAAGCGGGAGCUGGUCUUCCUCCAGUUCCGCCUGAAUGAGAGUAGCGAGGACUUCAGUGCCAUCGAUUACCUCCUCUUCUCGUCUUUCCAGGAGUUCCUGCACAGCCCAGACAGGGUGGGCUUCAUGCAGGCCUGUGAGAGCGCCUAUUCCAGCUGGAAGUUCUCCGGGGGCUUCCGCACGUGGGUCAAGAUGUCCCUGGUGAAGACGAAGGAGGAGGACGGGCGGGAGGCUGUGGAGUUCCGGCAGGAGACCAGUGUGGUUAACUACAUUGACCAGAGGCCCGCCGCCGAGAAAAGUGCUCAGUUGUUUUUUGUGGUCUUUGAAUGGAAAGAUCCUUUCAUCCAGAAAGUCCAAGAUAUAAUCACCGCCAAUCCUUGGAACACAAUCGCCCUUCUCUGUGGGGCCUUCCUGGCAUUGUUUAAAGCAGCAGAGUUUGCCAAACUGAGUGUGAAAUGGAUGAUCAAAAUUAGGAAGAGAUACCUUAAAAAAAGAGGUCAGGCAGCAAACCACAUAAGCUGAGGUGGCCUCGUGGUGUUCAUAGAACUGCCCCCGGUGAUGGAAGUUCUCGCCACUUCAUUGUCCACCGAGCAACCGGUGGCCCUGCGCUCACUUGAAACGAGCCUCCACUGCGAAAAGCAGCCUGCCAGACCACAGCUUCGACCCUGGCCCCAAAACAGGAUGUUUAGAGCCUAAUGGAACAGAGCCAGUGGAUAACCUAAAACCUAUUUAAGUAUUUAAAUUAUUAACGAACAUUUUUGGACAUAUGAAUAGGGAUUGUGGACGAUGGAAUUAGAUACGUAUCAGGUUUUCUGAAGGUUUGUGAAGCUGCCUUAUUUGGUUUGGUGUCUAGUUAAGCUGUAAUGGGAUAAUUAAGGCUCUACAUUUCACCUUAGUCUCCACCCCCCCCUCUGCGCCACCCAAGGUUUUUUAAGUGGACAGAAGAGAGCGUGAUUUUUUCCCCAAAUCCUGACGAUGCAGAUGUACAGGUUAUGCGUUGAAGCCUCUGCACCCUGUACCCAAAGGCAGAAUCCCUUAUGUCUCCGGCAUCAUCGGCCAGUUACAUUAUCUGGCCUCUGACAUGCUCUUUCAUUCGUUAAAUUUUAAAAUGGGACUUUUUUAAAGCUACUAGAAACUAGUGCUACGCUUUCUUGUGGAUUGACUAGCCCCCUACCUGUCUGGCUAGAAUAUUUGUUGAUGCAGGUGUAAGAGUGCAAAGUGAUUAACCUGCAAAAGCACUGGGACAUGUGUACAGAGGAGGUGCCUACUCAGUAUAUUUUGAUGAUUUUAUUAACAGGUAAAUAAAAGUUAGGUUAAUGCAGAAGGAGUCCGUGUGCCAGUAUGAAUAUCUGCUAAAUUGGUACACACCAGUACGCUUUCAUUUUGUGACCUCCAAAUAAGUGGCCACGUGAGCUUGGACUCCCAAGAUGGAUGGAUCUGGACUCCCGAGGUACGUCAUGACUGUGUCCAAGGAAGGGUAGGUGGCCCAGUCGGGAAGAGUGACAGAUCUACUUUGUUCUCCGGGUUCUGUUCCUGUCCUACCAAAGCACCCAUCUGAGAAAGGGGUCACUCAGUGUGACCCUCGAAGCCUUCAGCCUAGCUUUUGACAGAGAUGAGUACUCAGUAUUUUUCACAUGGUAGCAGUGGGGUGAUUAUGAAAAUUGCCUCCAGAGUUUCAAAUUAUUUACAUGCCCUUUGCUUCCAAAGAGGACUUGGAAACACUUCCUGCAUUUUAUAACCUGGCUUUAGGUAAUUUAAAGAGGAAAAACUCAAACGUACAAGUGGGGCAUUCUUAUCUCAUGUCUAACUUAGCAAGACACUGUUACUUGAAUUACUAAAGAUAAACUUGUGCAAAGAAAUAUUCCUUGGUACUUUGCUAUGCCACAGAAGCAUGCACAAACGUGAGCCUAGAUCCUGUCUCUCUGUAAAGUCUUUUUUGUAAGGCAAAUGUAAAGCCAGGUGUAGCUUACCUUAACAGUACUGGAAAACACGUGUCUGUGUGUGUUAAAAUAUCUCUGAAGAUGACACACCACUUUAGUAUUUAAUAAAAUUUGCUCAUAUAAACAUA